GGCCCGUCCCGGCUCGCGGCGGCCGCGCGCCCCCCUCCGCGGCCGGAGCUCGGUCGCUGCCCCGCCUUCUCCGGGGAGCGCCAGGCGGGAGCGGCCCGGACCCCGGGCUCGCGCGGGAGACGACGCGCCACAAACUUUGCCUUUUAUUGUUCCUAGCCCUUUAAGUGCUAGGGACUCUGCUGGGCAGGAAAAAUGUCCUUCUUCAAUUUCCGUAAGAUCUUCAAGUUGGGGAGCGAGAAGAAGAAGAAGCAGUACGAGCACGUGAAGAGAGACCUGAACCCCGAAGAGUUUUGGGAGAUUAUAGGAGAACUGGGCGACGGAGCCUUUGGGAAAGUGUAUAAGGCCCAGAAUAAAGAGACCAAUGUUUUAGCUGCUGCAAAGGUGAUUGACACCAAAUCUGAAGAAGAACUUGAAGAUUAUAUGGUUGAGAUUGACAUAUUAGCAUCUUGUGAUCACCCGAACAUAGUCAAGCUUCUAGAUGCCUUCUAUUAUGAGAACAAUCUUUGGAUCCUCAUUGAAUUUUGUGCAGGGGGAGCAGUAGAUGCUGUGAUGCUUGAACUUGAGAGACCAUUAACUGAGUCCCAAAUCCAAGUAGUUUGCAAGCAGACUUUAGAGGCGCUGAGUUACUUACAUGACAAUAAAAUCAUCCACAGAGAUCUGAAAGCUGGCAAUAUUCUUUUUACCUUAGAUGGAGACAUUAAAUUGGCGGAUUUUGGAGUAUCAGCUAAAAACACCAGGACAAUUCAAAGGAGGGAUUCCUUUAUUGGCACACCGUAUUGGAUGGCUCCUGAAGUAGUCAUGUGUGAGACAUCAAAGGACAGGCCUUAUGACUAUAAAGCUGACGUUUGGUCCCUGGGUAUUACUUUAAUAGAAAUGGCUGAGAUAGAGCCACCUCACCAUGAGUUAAAUCCAAUGCGAGUGUUGCUAAAAAUAGCGAAAUCUGAGCCCCCAACAUUAGCACAGCCGUCAAAAUGGUCUUCAAAUUUUAAGGACUUUCUAAAGAAAUGCUUGGAAAAGAAUGUGGAUGCACGGUGGACUACAUCUCAGCUAUUACAGCAUCCCUUUGUUACUGUUGAUUCCAACAAACCAGUCCGAGAAUUGAUUGCUGAGGCAAAGGCUGAAGUAACAGAAGAGGUUGAAGAUGGCAAGGAGGAAGAUGAUGAUGAGGAAGCAGAGAAUGCUUUGCCAAUACCUGCAAAUAAACGUGCCUCCUCUGACCUCAGUAUUGCCAGCUCUGAAGAAGAUAAACUUUCUCAAAAUGCUUGUAUUUUGGAAUCUGUAUCAGAAAGAAUAGAGAACAGUACUGCUGGGGAUAAAUUUAGCAACAAAGUUCUUAAUGAAAAACCCAUCACUAACGAAUCUCCGAAGGCUAUGAAAGGUGUUAAUGAGCAUACGGAUGAUUCUAACUUAGAAACCAUGGCUGAACUCAAUGACCGAACAGUAGGAAUCUAUGAGAAUGGGAGACAGAAGAGACCUAAGCUGGAAGAUCGAGCUGACACAGAAGACCAACCAACUGGGGCUGUUAAUUCAGUCAGUGAAGGAAAUGAGGGGAAUAUAGUAACUUUAGAAACGGACACUAACCAUCUGAAACCAGAAGAAGACAGGAAGAAAGAAAACCAGGAGAUACUUGAGAAUAAACUUAUCCAACCUGAAGAAAUUAAAGAUAGGCAUAUUCAAACAAUGGACUCGGUGUCUCAAGAGACUGGAGAAACCGAGGCAGAUUUUCAGGCAGUUGACAAUGAAGUUGGGUUUACAAAAGAAGAUGCCCAAGAGAAACUGGGAAAAGAGGACAAAACUCACCAAGUUGUAGUCAGUGAGGCAGGAACACAUGAGGCACUAGAUGCUGCGGAGAAGGCUCCUGAACACAGCAGCCAGGAUGCACAGAGCGCUGAUGGGAAGGAAGUAGUGGAAGGAACCUGGAAGUUAGAGAAGCUCACAGAGAGCCCUGAGGCUGGUGGUGCUGAGGAAGAACCUUCUGUUCAAGAAAGAGUUGAGAAUGAAGAGCUAGGUCAACAGUCCCCAGCGUGUGACGGUGAGGGACCGUUAAUCAGCACUUCAGAGACCACACAGGCAACCAUUGAGGAGCCAGGGACAGAUGAAGUGGAGCAGGUCAGUGAGGCCCAUGGCAUUGAGGAGACACAGAGACGUGCAGUGACUGGCGGUGCUGAGGAGCAGGCUCUAGGAAGUGAAGCUGAGGCUGCCGCCGCCACCACCACCGAGGGAGAGUUGGCGAGGGAGGAAACUGCACAGGGAGUGCCAGUUAAACCAGAGCCCCAAGCUCCUGCAGCCUCGCUGCCCAGCGAGCCUCGUCCUGUCCUAAUACCCAGGAUCAAUAUUAACUCGGAAAACACAGAGAGUAAAGGAGAAACGGGUGCUUUACCAAAAACUGAAACCAUACCGCCACAGGAGCCUGAAAACGAAAAGGAAAAUGACGCCGACUCAGGGACCGGGUCUACUGUGGAGAACAGCAGCAGUGACUUGAAUUUGUCCAUCUCUAGCUUCUUAAGCAAAACUAAAGACAGCGGGUCGAUGUCUUUACAAGAGACAAGAAGACAGAAGAAAACAUUGAAGAAAACACGCAAAUUUAUUGUUGAUGGUGUAGAAGUGAGUGUAACAACGUCAAAGAUAGUUACAGAUAGUGACUCCAAAACUGAGGAAUUGCGGUUUCUCAGGCGUCAGGAACUUCGAGAGCUGAGAUUUCUUCAAAAAGAAGAACAGAGGGCCCAGCAACAGCUCAAUGGCAAACUGCAGCAGCAGCGAGAGCAGAUUUUUAGGCGCUUUGAGCAAGAAAUGAUGAGUAAGAAGCGACAAUAUGACCAAGAAAUUGAGAAUCUAGAGAAGCAGCAGAAACAGACAAUUGAACGACUAGAACAAGAGCACACGAACCGCUUGCGAGAUGAAGCCAAAAGAAUCAAAGGCGAGCAAGAGAAGGAGCUGUCCAAGUUCCAGAACAUGCUCAAAAACCGCAAGAAGGAGGUUAUAAAUGAAGUGGAGCAAGCACCUAAAGAGCUGAGAAAAGAGCUCAUGAAACGCACGAAAGAGGAGCUUGCACAAAGCCAGCACGCUCAGGAACAAGAAUUUGUUCAGAAGCAACAACAAGAAUUAGAUGGCUCUCUGAAAAAGAUCAUCCAACAACAGAAGGCAGAGUUGGCCAAUAUCGAGAGAGAGUGCUUGAAUAACAAGCAGCAGCUCAUGAGAGCUCGAGAAGCUGCGAUUUGGGAGCUUGAAGAGCGACACUUACAAGAAAAGCACCAGCUGCUUAAGCAGCAACUCAAAGACCAGUACUUCAUGCAGAGACACCAGCUGCUUAAACGCCACGAGAAGGAAACAGAACAAAUGCAGCGUUAUAAUCAACGACUUAUUGAGGAAUUGAAGAACAGACAGACUCAGGAACGAGCAAGACUACCCAAGAUUCAGCGAAGUGAGGCCAAGACCCGAAUGGCCAUGUUUAAGAAGAGUCUGAGAAUUAACUCAACAGCCACACCAGACCAGGACCGUGAAAAAAUCAAACAGUUUGCUGCACAAGAAGAAAAGAGGCAGAAAAAUGAGAGGAUGGCUCAGCAUCAGAAACACGAGAGCCAGAUGCGGGACCUCCAGUUGCAGUGUGAAGCCAAUGUCCGAGAACUGCAUCAGCUGCAGAAUGAAAAAUGCCACCUGUUGGUUGAACACGAGACUCAGAAACUGAAGGAGUUGGAUGAGGAGCACAGCCAAGAGCUAAAGGAGUGGAGAGAGAGGCUGAGGCCGAGGAAGAAGACACUGGAAGAAGAGUUUGCCAGGAAACUGCAGGAGCAGGAAGUGUUUUUUAAAAUGACUGGGGAGUCGGAAUGUCUUAAUCCAUCAGCACAGAGCCGUAUCUCCAAAUUCUACCCUAUUCCCACCUUGCAUUCCACUGGGUCAUAGCGAUAGCAGCAUUCUCUGUCUGGAUUUGGCUUCUAAGUACAUCAUUGUAUUCCUUCAUCUUCCACAGUAUGUAUGACUCACAAAGACAAUCACCUGUUUCAUCUUCUCGGUGGUUCUGAAAAUUUGUUUCUUGGAUUUUAUUGUUAACAGAGAUGAAGGGCAAACGAACUAAGACAGAUGCCAGGCCAUGUUGGCGAGUAGCAUCUUGCAGUAAUUCCCUAAGGUGAUUUUGUAUAUUGACCUUAAAUAUUGUAUUCUUUAGACACUGUUACUGAAAAACUGCCAGAAAAAUAAUGUUUAAAAGGAUUUGGAGGAAAAAAAAAACAAACCUGUUACAUCACUAAGUAUUAAUAAAUAUUGUUUUACCUGAUUUCUCAAUGAUACUAAAUUCUAUAGUAAAGAUUCUGUUGUAGAAGUGGAGUAAUUUUCUUUUGGUAAACCAGCUCUUAUUAAAAAGCCAUGAGUUAUAGAAAUAUGCUAUUGAUUCAGUACAUAGAUAUAUUUUUAUCAUAAACAGGAUCAAAGUCUUUUAAAAAAGAGAAAGAUUAUUUCAGUAAUCUGUCACAAACAUUAGCCUGUGUGGGCAGGAACUAAUAAUUGAGGUGCUAAUUUUAUUAAGAUAGUGCCUAAAACACUAAAUUUUAAUCAUGUAUAAAAUGGGGUUUUCUUUUUGACCAACAGGAACAAAGUACCCUUCUCACUGAACAUUACUGUUUUACAAACUUGCUUAUAUUGCCACUUAAUAUUCAUCCUAAAACAAAUGUACAAAAUUUGGGUAGAUGAACAAACUAGCUUUAAAAUGUGCAAAUUGAACAUAUAGAACUCACCCCAUUGUCAGUAGCACAGACUGAGCUCUCCCACUUACUCCCUCAUAAGAAGCCCAUAUCUCAGCAAGUUCAGUUCCGCAGUGGAAGCUUAGAGGCCUCUGUAUCCCGAGCUUCGGUCACGACUUCAGUUCUGAAGCUGGUCUUAGAAGAAGCCUUUGUCCACAGAGGAUUUUCAUUCAGUAUCAGGCACACAUGCAAAGUGACACUGUAUUGUUUCAAAUGGGGUUAUUCAGGUGCAUUUUGGUUUUAGCUUGUUCCAUGUUUAAAUUAAUUACUUUGAGUCAGAAAAACCUGAAACCUUUAUCAUGUGGUUGCUGGUACAUGUGAUUAUUAAUGAAAUGUUCACUCUUAGUUCCUUUUGAAGCUCAGCAUCUCACCCGCGUCAGGUCAACAGUAUUAUAAACAGCACAUUUGUGAAUGAUGCUUGCUGCCUGCCAUUGGCAACCUGCUCUCUUCUAAGAGUGCUAGGUACCAAAUUGUAAACGUUUCUGUUUUUAGUUAUAUUUUGAGGUUGGUGAAGACUAGAAAUGUCAGUGUAAUGUUGUGGAAACACAAGUUCAUAUUAAGAAAAUGUAAAUGUCUGUAGUACUUUCUUGGAGUUCAUUUGAAAACUUUGGAUGCUGAACUUUAUCUGGUUUAGAUGGUUUAAAAAUGCAUGUGUAAUUUUAAUUUUAUAAUUAUUUUGACAAGCUUAAUUUUCUUGGACAACCUUGUAGGUAGCCUUAACUUUCAGCCAAUUUUGUUUUUUAUAUAAAUAUAUAUAUAUAUAUACAUAUAUAUAUAAUGUAUGGUUGUAAAUUCAUACACUUAUCACAUGAAUGUGUUACUGUAUACAGAAUCCUUAAUGCUUUAUUUUCAGAUGCUGGGUUGAAAACUGUUUGAAAGCCUUUAAAUAUAUAUCUUUAUAAAGUAAUAUUCAGGAUGAUGAUGGAAAUUGUUUAUAUUAUUAUGAUAAAAGACGGAAUUAUGUUGCCCAGUGUAUUUAAUGAUUUAUUUGAAGAGGGAGAGGGGAGGAAGGCUUUUAUACACCACUUUCUCCUUUAAAUUUUUCAGUUUACUGGAUUUUUACAAGUGACUACUUCAGUCAGUGGGCUUUCUUUUCAGCAUCAUUUAGGUAAUUGUAGACAUGAUUUGGUCUGAAUAUCUGCCCUUCCUGGUCCUUUUCAGCUUGACAUUUAGAGCAUUGUAUCUGGGACGGAGGCUGGAAGGGGUGUCUCCCUGCAGCCUGCCCUCCAAAUUCCCUGCUGCUGCUUGAGGUUUCUUUCAAGCAUGGCUGUAUUCCUGUGGGUGCAGGGACUGUCCAGUGGUACACGUGGGGAGGAGGACACUCCUCUCAACAUUUCAGGUUAUAUAUAGAAAGUGUUUUGUAAUAGAACAUGCUCUUUCUAAACUUGCCUGCUUCUUGUAAGGCCUUAUGCCAUGUAGAUAAUUGUGACCGUUCUUUGCUGCAUGAAGUGUAGGUGGGGAGUGGCUGGGGGCACAGACUUCUUUGAAUCUGAGAGUACAGUCAAUCCAUCCCCCGAUUAAGUUGUUUGGUUGCUGUGGCAGAAUGUGCCAUCAGUUCAUAAAGGAAAUUCUCCAUGGAACCUCCCCUUUCCCUACAUGAUCUGGACAUGCCACACCUCCACCAUACUUCUGCAGGUCCAGCUCCUAGAGCCCAAGUGCAGGGUUUCCGUAGACCUCUUGACUCACAGGCUGUGUGGGUUGCUGAGUUAGCUGCUGUUUUAGGUGGAGUCACAGUAAGCUCGCUCUUACCCUUUUCUGUGGGCAAGGAGGAAAUUUAGAGUGCUUUUACUUUGCUGAAAAUGGUGGAACCUUCCCACAUGACAGGACAUGGCAAACUGUAAGUAAGAAGCAGAACCGGAGCUACCUCUAAGCAGUGUUUUCUCAAGCACACGCUCUCAGGCACAUGAGACCCUCCCCGUGGAGGCUUCUCUGAUUUCUUGAGCAUCAGCAAGUCUCAGAAGUGACUGUUUUUUCUACUCUUCCUGGUCCCCUGCACCCUCAUUCUUCCCCCAUUCCACACUGUGCUUAUUAUAUGACAGAGACUCUUCUAAGAAGCCAAAUUCGGCCACAUUAAUAGCUAGGACUAUUGCAGAACAAAGAAGCGCCCGGAACUGCAGUGGAAGAAGGGUGUCCGUUCUAAUAGCCUUCUGGUCCUUCCUGGGAAUGGUCCUGUAGGACACGGGUGGUAUUUUCAGUGCUUCUCUUCCGUCAGAGGCAACAGUUAAUGCCUCUGCUGUUGCUGUUCUUUGGCUGACAUGGUUUUGAUAAUGCUUUAAAAUUUCUGCUACAAAGCUUGAGAUAGAGUGUUUACCAGUUUCAAAUGUUGGCUGCAACUUAAAAAUGUUAUUCUUCACAGUGUAAUAAGUUCACAAGCUAAAUUUUCAAAGAGAAUUUCUUUUCACAUUAUGCUUCUUGUCUACUUGGAAUCAGAAACAUGCCUUUUCAAUCCCGGGAUUGUCAAACAAUAAAGUUAUUUCUUAAUCUA